GCCACAUGAAAGUUCAGUGACAACAAAAACGUAAACAACUUUACCUUGAUGGUCAAUAUUGGUGGAAAAUGUUCAAAUUUUAAGACCACAAUGACGAGUGGAAAGCCAUCCAAAAUGCACCCGACCAUCCAGGGGCAGAGCAAUGGACAUCAAGUGUUGAACGAAACAGAACAAAAUGAGCUAUAUCGAAGAGGCGUGAAGAUGUUGCAAGAGCGCUGUAAGGCAAUUCAGAAAAACAACGAGAGAAUUGUGCACAGGUUACACGUUGUGAAACAGAUGACUAAAAGGAGAAGCCGUGAAGUGGAAAUGCUGAAGAACCGACUGGACCGGUACAACGAUGGCUGGAGAACAGCUCCGCAACCUGUGGCAGAGAAGCCGGAGGAGAGUAAAGAAGUAGAGUAAAUACAAUACGUUCGUUAUUAUCAUAUCUGGUACCUGUCAGAAUAUUUAUACCGUAAUACCCAAUGUGAAUCCUAAGUAAUAGUAAUUUCUAAUGCUAAAUAGUUUGGAAUUUCAUCCAACAAUGGGAAAUGUAUAUUUGAUCGGUGGAAAUGAAUAAUUAUUGUUUUCUUUCCAAGAA